AUGGACUCGCCAUUCGAAAAACUACUCUGGACAUUGCGACACAUAUAUAGGAAAGAAGCCUUCCCUGUGUCUCACCGAGAGAUAUCUUGCGCAGAUGUCAACCGGGAGUCAUACUUCAAGGCAGUACGCACGUGGGAGUUUCUUGCAUCUUUCUUUGCUUCAAGAGGUUACAAUCCUCAUACCAAGGACCCAAAAUCAGAUUAUCUGCUUCCAGUCCCAGACUUGAAGCACCCAGAGGAUACUACGUACCCAUUUGCUCGAUUUAUUCCUGGUAAAUAUAACGACUUUUUUUGGGGAGCCCCAUCAUUAUGGGCUGCACGAGAUAAGCUCGGACGAGAUGUCGUGAUAAAGAUGAUUUCCGAUGUUUCUUGUCCGUCUCAAGAGUUGAGAGCCUUACAACGAUUAAAUUCGAAAGAUCUUCGCUCCGAUCCCUUGAAUCACACCAUUCCUGUUCUAGACUUUUUAACUUUUGACAAUCUGGUUUUUGUUGUCAUGCCCAGAUGGAAUGGUGCUUUUGAGCCAGAGUUUGAGGUUGUGGAAGAGUUGUUAGAAAUGACGAAGGUCUGCCUCGAGGCAUUCGUGUUUUUGCACAGAAAUAGGAUAGUACAUCUGGAUUUCCUCGGCCAAAAUACCUCAAUGAAUGUCAUUUUGGACGAUCGUGAACCCAUUACACAAAGAGGCCUGCGGCGCCCUGGGGAAGUCCGAUAUGCUCUAAUAGACUUCGGUAACGCUAUAGUGUUUCCUGAGGAUACUAUUAUAGAAAACGUCAUUGCAACUCGUCCUCUUAAUUAUUGGCUGCGCGAUCUCCCUAAGAUAGACGGCGCAUACAAUCCAUUCAAAGCCGAUAUUGCAUUCUUGGGAGCGGAGCUGGAAUACAAAGUCAGGCAUAUCGAAAAUAUCAUCCCUGAACUCGGCCCAUUUUUCGAAAAUCUAAAGAGCAUGAUGGACGAUACACAAUUUACAGCUCCCCAGGCUCUGUUCCGUUUCCUAGAAAUUUACAACAACCUAACUCCUGAACAACUGCAAAUGCCUGUGGUGACGCGAACGUGGAGAAACGUUGACGUACAAGCGCCCGCAAAAUUAGUAGAUGCACCCAUGGACCCGGCGUACCAUCCUUCAAACAUCGGAAACGUUGUAUCUCAUCUCCUUUCCGAAACAUUUGGCUGUCGGUUCAAGGCCUCAGAUUCCGACAUCAACGCUCAAACAGAUUUCUCAGAUUAUGUCGAGAGUCUGCUAAGCGCGACUAAGCUUCCGUUCCGUGUCACUGUUGCGUCGAUCAUUCUGCUACAGCGCCUAUACACGCGGUUACCUGAUGAGGUAUUUGAGCUACGGAAGCACUUUUCGCCGUAUCAGCUAUUCACAGGGGCGUACAUCGUCGCUGCCAAGCAAUAUACCCACUUUCGACUGGGCCUCGACAUAUGUCGUUUGAUCAUGCACUCGGAAUCUGAGGAACCAACAUUCGAAAGGGACGGUGUAACAGCGGCGGUGCUCAUGUCCAACGAAUACUGGGCGAAACGGACCUCCUAUUCCGUGCAAGACGUUAAGAAGAUUCAGAGACAGUUCAUCGUUGCACUGGGUGGUGGCGUGGUGGUAUUCCCAGUCAAGGAAGUCAAAACCCAAGAGGUUCUGAAGCAGCUGAAGUCACUAUCCAUCCGACGACGCCUUCCAUCAGACCGCCAACAUUUUGGAACAUCUCCAUAUUGCGGAAUAGGACUGAAAAACCUGGGCCAUAUGACUGCAGAAGAGCACAAAGUAUACUUUGAGUUCCUAGGGCAGAGACUGCCAUUCAUUGGAUCUCCAAUAGAGGUGCAGGUUCGCCUUUGA